AUGAGACCCUGGCAGCCGGUGCUCUGCUCUGGGCCAGCGUGUGCCACUUAUGCUGACCGGACACUUUUACACAUCAAAGCCUCUGUCCCGGCGCCAUUUUCUGUCUCAGUGGAGGCCGACCUGUCCGCCACCGCUUCAGAGAGACGCCACCUGGACCGAGACCCCAGCACCAGCAACCCCAGCAACCCUCCUCUCCAGCCCUCUCCUCACUCAUGUGCCUUCUGGAGCCUGCACCCGGAGUCUGGAUGA